AUGGAAUCUUUAAGCGGCGGGUAUUCCUCGGAAAUUUCCCUCAUGGCAACGCCGUCCAUGUCUCUGGAAGACGCCCUCGCCCGAGCCACGGAGGCAGCUUCGGAGACGAGCCUCAGCUCCGUACCAGACGAGACGGUAGCUUCUCGCGGAGGCAGGAAUGACGCGUUUAUGGACGCUGCGAUUCAGCGUAUGAGAGACGAGCUCGCGUCGAUGGGGAAGGCGGAAGAGAGCCUGGAGGACGCCAUCGCGCGGGCUGCUAACGCGGGGUCCGCGGGUAAUUCCUGUGCGCCAUCCGCGCGCGACGCCUGCGCGCCAUCCGCGGGGAAUUCCCGCGCGCCGGCGGAUAACUCGCACGCGAGUGGAGCUUCUCGCGGCCCUGGCAAGUCUGACGAUUUCAUGGAUGCAGCAGUGAGAAGAAUGCGCGAGGAGCUGGCGGGAAUGGGGAAGGCGGAGGAGAGCUUGGACGAUGCCAUUGCGCGGGCUGCUGGUGCUGCUGGCGCGACUGUUUCUGGGCCUUGCUCUCACGCUUCUGGGCCUUGCUCUCACGCUUCUGGGCCUUGCUCUCACGCUUCUGGGCCUUGCUCUCACGCUUCUGGGGGUCCGCGUGGGGCUGAGGGGAGUGGGGUUGGGGUAAGUAGCGGUGGGAGCAGUGACCCGCACAUGGAUGCAGCCGUGAGGCGGAUGGAAGAGGAGCUGGCUGGCUUAGGUCGGGCGGAUGAGAGCCUGGAAGACGCCAUUGCCCGCGCUGCUGCUGCUGCUGGCACUGCUGAUAGUGCUGGUGUUGCUUCCGGGGCUCACUCUCACGCUUCUGAGGGUUCCCGUGGGGUUGGGGGAAGUAGCGGUGGGAGCAGUGACCCGCGCAUGGAAGCAGCCGUGAGGCGGAUGUCUGAGGAGCUGGCUGGCUUAGGUCGGGCGGAGGAGAGCCUGGACGACGCCAUUGCCCGCGCUGCUGCUGCUGCUGGCAGUGCUGACAAUGCUGGUGGUGCUCGCUCCCACGCGUCUGAGGGUUCGCGCGGGAGUGGAGGCAGUGGGGGUGGGAGCAGUGGGGGCGGGAGCAGCGACCCGCGAAUGGAUGCAGCCGUGAGGCGGAUGGAAGAGGAGCUGGCUGGAUUGGGUCAUGCGGACGAAAGCCUGGACGACGCCAUUGCCCGCGCUGCUGCGGCUGCCGGUAAUGGUGCUGCUGGUGCGCCUGAAGGCCCUGCUGGUGCUCGCUCUCACGCUUCUGAGGGUUCGCGUGGGGCUGGGGGCAGUAGGGGUGACCCGCGCAUGGAUGCAGCCGUGAGGCGGAUGGAAGAGGAGCUAGCUGGCUUAGGUCAUGCGGAUGAGAGCCUUGACGACGCCAUUGCCCGCGCUGCUGCUGCUGCCGGGGACUGCGGGGCUGGGGACAGUGGGGGUGGGGGCAGUGGGGGUGGGGGCAGUGGGGGUGGGGGAAGUGGGGUUGGGGGCAGUGUGGGUGGGGGCAGUAGGGGUGACCCGCGUAUGGAUGCAGCCGUGAGGCGGAUGGAAGAGGAGCUGGCUGGCUUAGGUCAUGCGGACGAAAGCCUGGACGACGCCAUUCUCCGCGCUGCUGCUGCUGCCGCUGCUGCUUCUGGUGGUGCUGGUAGCGCCGCUGCCAAGUCUGCUGCCGCCACUCCCUACCCCUCCCAGCAACCCGCGAACCCAGAACCCCUCGCACCAUACGCGCAGCUCAACCCAGCCUCAGCCGAUCUCGACCCAGACCCACAGUUCCCAGACGACUGCCGCUACGAUGGCAACUCAUUCAUGGACUCUGGCCUUCUAAGCUUAGGAGGUACUAUGAGCUCUAUGGGCGCGUCUAGGGGAGGGUAUCCGGGGUCGCAGGGGGGUGUUUGUACGGGCGUGACGCGGCAAUUUUCUAAUCUCAGCCACCCCACAGAAUCUCUGGAUGAGGCCAUUGCCCGCGCUGCUGCUGCUGCUGCCACCACCUGUGCCGAGAACGCUUCUGGAGCUGGGUGUGGGGGGGGAAGAGGCGCAGGUGGGGGUGCCCGCGCGCCUGCUGCGCCUGCUGCUUCUGCUCUGCCUGCUUCUGGGGUGCCUGAUGCUGCCGCAGCCCCAGCACCAGCCGAUCUCGAUCCAGACCCCGACUUCCCGGACGACUAUCGCUACGAUGGCAACUCGUUCAUGGACUCUGGCCUUCUAAGCUUAGGAGGUACAAUGAACUCUAUGGGCGCGCCUGAAGGGGGGUAUGCAGGGUCGCAGGGGGGUUCCUGUACGGGCGUGACUCGCCAGUUCUCCAACCUCAGCCGCCCCACUGAGUCCCUGGAUGAGGCCAUUGCUCGCGCUGCUGCUGCUGCUGCCUCCACUGCCUGUGCUGAGGGGGCGAGAAGCGCAGGUGGGGAUCCCCGCGCUGCUGCUGCUCCUGCGCCUGCUGUGGCUGCUGCUCCUGCGUCCGCUGCUCCUGCGUCCGCUGCUCCUGCUGGUUCUGCUGGUGGUUCUGCUGGUGGCUCUGCUGGUUCUGCGGGUUGGGCUGGGAGGAGGGAGAUCUCUUUGGAUACGGCAUCCGCCAGAAGGGCGCAGGGGGGAGGAGGGGAGGGUGGUGCGGGCAUGGGGGCAGCAAUGAGAAGGAUGCGAGAGGAACUGGCGGGGAUGGGGAAGGCGGAUGAGAGCUUAGAUGAUGCCAUUGCGCGGGCUUCUAAUGUGGGAUCCGCGGGCUAUUCGGCAGUGGGGGGUAUGCGCGAGGAGUUAAGGGGGAUGGGGAAGGCGGAUGAGAGCUUAGAUGAUGCCAUUGCGCGGGCUUCUAAUAUGGGAUCCGCGAGCAUGGGGGCAGCAGCGGGAGGGCAUCAAAUCCCCCCAGAAAGCUUCACCCCGCCUAAAGGCACUACUGAGGCGCCUCAGAAGCUGCCUGCGCCUGGGCUCCUCGCCCCUGCUGGGACCUGGGCUCAUCAUCACAUUCCCCCAGCAAGCUUCACCCCGAGUAAAGGCAUCGACCCCAAGGGAAGCAGCACAGUCAUCCCUUCUUCCACUGAAAGCUGCACCACCAUUCCCCCCUCCAACGCCUCCCUCGCCACCACCACCACCAACGCUUCCAGCUCUGUUAUUCGCCCCUACGGCUCCUCUGCUGUUUCCACCAGCACGUGGGGCAGUAGUGUUGGUCCCCUCUCCCCUCCCACUGCUCCUCCUCCCUCUGCAACCCCCGCACUGGCUGCUGCUGCGGCUGCUACCACAUCUCCUGCUGCCGCCGCCGCAGCAGCUGCUCUAGCAGCUGGCACCGCAUUCCAUCCCCCGGCACCACUCCUGCCCUUCGAGUCAACCCUUGCAACAGAGGAGGGCUCAGGAGGAGCAGGAAUAACCAUGAUAUUUUCCAACCUAGCUGCUAGCAAGCGAGCCGAAAGGUUCCGACAUGGAAAACACCAUGACGGUUUAGCAGGGCCAGGGUCUCAAAUAGAAAGUUCAGAGGCGGGUUCGAUACGGUCGGCUAAGGGUUUCAGGGCGAUAGAGGAGGAGGAGGAUGAGGACGAGGGGCGAGCAUCUGGGUACAGCUCGUCAACCCACUCUUCGGGGAAUUCGGGCUCGAGAGGGUGGCAUUCCCCGUCUCAUUCACAUAGGGCGGCGGUGGCGCGUGCUGGGGCGUUUGGGAGCCGGGGCGGCGGGAGUGGGCAUAUGGGUGGGCAUGUGGGAGGUUCGGGGGCGGUGGUUCCUCCGCUGCCGUUUUCGAAUGUGAAACCUGCAGCUGAGGAGGCAGCAGCAGUGGUAGCAGCACAAGCAGCGGCCACGCUUAGAAAAGGUGAAUCGCCAGGUGAUCUGCUGCGGCCAGGGUGUCCUGGACCCCACGAUCCAGUGGAGAAUGAGACGAUGAGGGUGAUUAAAGACUGGGAGAAGAAAUGGGCCGGGCAGGUGUUCGUGCUGGAGAACGUUUACGUGAACUGGCGCGGGCAGGUGUUUAACGAAACGCAUCUGUUCGAUUCGUCGGGCUGCAUCACCGAAUUGAACGUCUCGUACCCCGCAGGAACACACGUCACCAUGCACCGUGACGUGGUGAACCUGCUGUCUGACGUGGCAGAUCCUCGUGCUGAGGUGUUUCACGAGCUCACGGACCUGCUCCCCAUGAUGCUGCCGCUUAAAGAGGUUCUACCGCAACUUAAAGACGCCAUUAUAGUGGCGCGGAGCAGAAAGCUCCUAUCAGCAGUGGCCAACAGAGUUCUCAAACUGCCCGUCACAGACCACGAAGUGCAGGGGGUAAAGCCCGGGGUACCCCACCUCUGGUUCGUGCAAAUGCUCUACCAACCCGUCAGGCAGCAGUGCCGACAGCCCAGCAUGGCCCUGUGGACCCAAUUCCGCUCCAAGCACCUCCUCCCUAGAGAUUCCCCGCAAGUUUUCCGAGAAACCGGUGCUGAGUCAGCAAAUGCUGAGUCAGCAGCGGGGUUGGAGGGAGGCGUGCCGGCGGAUUGGGUGGUGGUGGUGGGUGUUGACGUGGCAGGGCGGGUGCAGGAGGCAGGGUAUAUCAGGGAUGCGCUGAGAUUCUUUUACCCGGAGGACCGGAUUGUACUCUUUAAGAACAACCUCAAUGUUCUGGAAGCCAAGGACUUAUUCAACCGAGCAGUUCUCUUCAUAUCUACAUCAACCUCCGCCCUCGCUCACGUCAUGUUCAUGCCACCCAACGCCACCGUCCUAGAGCUUCGGGCCGUUCUAGACCCAAGCAGUGCCGCCCAGAAAACAGGCUCGGCAGCAUCUGUAGCAGCGGAUCCCGAUCUGCCCACCAGGCAGCUCGCAGAGGCUUGCGGGCUUCGUCAUUAUCUGCUGCUCUGCGCCGCCCUGCCCGACCCGAAGCCGGCCAAUGGGAAUGCGCCGCUCCGCAGCCGCUUAUCUUGCGACAUGUGGCAUGUGCGGGACGUGCUGGAUAGGGUAUCGCACGACGUGUACACCAGCGAGGUGGUAACCAGAGAUACAGUCCGAGCCAUAGCAGGUCCGGCAGGCGGCAGGUUCGGGCUGAAGCAGAAGCUGGUCGGGACGAAGCUGAGGUCCGGGGAGGAGGUUCGGGCGUUCAACGAUUGGAUGGCGUGCAUUGCAACGAAGGGUCGGUGGGAUUACAACGCGACUCCCCGCGUCUUACCUUGGGAAUACAUGGGGACCAUUAACCUGUGCGACCACCGGCAUUUGGACGCAACGCAAGGGCUCAUGCAAAAAAAAUCAGAUGAGUAUGCUCUGUCGGGAAAGAACCCCGAGGGGUGGACGGUACGGGAGAGUCUCAAGUACGACUGGAGGGUGCACGGAAGCUGCCCUAUGCCCGUUCAGGAGCAGGCAUGGGUGCCGUUUCAGCCGACUGAUUUCUGCAGCAGGGUCGGCAAGAAUCGGACGAUUCUGUUCCUGGGGGAUUCCCUGAACGAGCAGUUUUUCGGGAUUUUUAUCAACCAGAUGCUGAGGACUCUGCCCCUUGCGCCUUAG